CGCCGGGCAUCUGGGGUUUCCACAGGGAGCUUGGGCUUCAGGCCCCAUCCAGUAACCAGCAGGUUACUCCCCUUGCCACAGAGGUUUGUGGCACCUUCGUCCUGGGAGCUUGGCUGGCAUGUAGGAGGGAAGAGGGGGUCAACCUGGGCAGCCAUGGCUUUGAGAUCCCUUCCCCCGCCCCUUGAAUGAGGCCAGGUGGUCUCAGAGGGCAGUAUGGUCUGCGCCCACAGAGGGACACAGGGUCUGCAUGGUCCAGCCAGCAGGGGCCUGCAUCUAGGCUGUGGGGUCUGGUCUUACAUCUGUGGCAUGGGGCCGCCCUCCAGCCAGAACCCCGUCCCCAGCCCCAAGAGCCGCUCCUGGGUGGGCAUGUGCCGCAGGCCCUGUUCGGCACUGAGCCUAGAGGAGAGGCCUCGUGCUCCCUCCCACUGGCCCCUGUCAAGAACGUAGGUGCUGGCCUGGUGGUGGCGGUCCUCAUCGCCAACUCCCUGAAUGAUGGCAUCACUCUUUACAGGAGCUUCCUCCAACUGGGCGCAGGCCUGAGCGUGGGCCUGAGCGGGCUGGCAGCUGGCUUUGCCAUCGGCAUUGUGGGGGACGCCAGAGUGCAGGGCACUGCCCAGCAGCCUCAGCUAUUCGUGGGCAUGAUCCUCAUCCUCAUCUUCGCUGAGGUCCUUGGCCUCUAUGGUCUCAUCGUGGCCCUCAUCCUUUCCACAAAGUAGCUCUUCUCUGAGCCCACCAGCUACAGAAUAUGAUGUAAAGACCACCCCCUCCUCAUUCCAGAACGAACAGCCUGACACACACGCACGGGGCAGCUGCCCCCCAGUAGUUGGUCUUGUAAAUGCGCAGUGUCCUAGUGCCCAUCGUCCGUUGCCCCUGGCCUUGCCCCUGCCCACCCUGUGCCAUGGACAUCUGGACCCACUCAUCACCCACCCAGGCCCCUGACCAGUGAGGAUGCAGGCCCCUGGCCGCCCCCACCCACCUGCUCUAGAGUGCUCUGUGUAUAAGAAUGAAUUAGAGUUGUCAUUUUCUUCACUGGAUGUUUAUUUAUAAAGAUUUGACCUGUUAUGCGUCUGUGGAGCAGCCCUCUGUCUCCCAACUAUAUAGUAAUCUUAGGUAGAGUGUUGCCUUGUGGGGUCACCGUUUGCUGAGACCUCUUGGACGGAACCACCCUCCUCCAGCCGUGGCUGCCUGGGCCGCGUGCUGGGCCUGCCGGGGCCUGGCGCUGAGCCGUGCCCAAUAAAGUUCUCAGAUGUGA